CCCGUUGAUAAAAACUUGGAUACCGUGAAGGCGAAAUCAUUUUAUGACUACGUCGUCGUUAUCAGUAGUUGAUGGUAGCUGCUACGGCGGCGGCGGGAAUCACACACAGGUUACCCCUCUACCCCAUAGGAACAUCGGUCGGAACGACGAAGGAAGGAUAUUUUUCGGGGGACGCGUGCGGAGGCGUGCUGGAGAAGCUAGAUAAGAUGCUUCACCUGCUCGGCCGCGACGACGUGUUGUGUUGUCAAUUCCGCAUCAUGAUUUGCCAAACAUCAUCGAUAGGGGAUCGCGGUGUAGGAAAUAUAAUGUUUUGUAGGCGUAUGAGAUGUUGUCUCAAAGUUAUAAUUUUUUUCCACAAACAGAGCCUGAACGCAAACCAUUUCGAGAAGAAGCGUCCGGUAUCGCGCCAGAAUGUAUGCAAGUGUUCAACAUAGCUGCUAUAACCUGCUCAGCCUGAUUUAGUUUGUUAUCUAAUAUUUAGUUAGAUAAGCUUUUUUAAUUCACACGAUUUUUCAAAGAGGAUGCAUGUCUCCAAUCUACCUUAAAUUCACCCAGUUGGUCAAUUUUUGGCGUUCCAAAAUCGGUUCCGGAGCGUAUGCCGUUUAGUAUCGAUUGAACCGUUGAACUGAUAAUUACGCGUUCGGCCUGAAUACAGUGUUUUGUGAUGCCGAUAUCAACGAUAUAGCUGCCUCUGGGCAUUGCUUUCGUAUCACAGUGAAUGUAGAACAUUGUCGGUAAAGUAGUUUCGAAACCGUCGCGCAACGAAUUUCCAGUCGUGGUCUUUUUCUCGAUAAACUGUCGGGAAAUAGCUGAAGCAAGAUGGUGUUUCAGAACUAUGGAGUGUUCAGGGCGUUUGCCAUAUUUGCCGGAAUUUUCGGAAUCUUUCAAUCACUCAUUUGGAUUGGAUUUGCGAUUACCGGAAUAGUGGCGUACUACUGCGACAUGGAUUUCUCUGGGCAAACGAACACACUCGGGUCGCUGCUAACCCUAACGUUCUUUCGUCAGUACUUCGAAGGAACAUGCGAAAUCCAAAUCCCCUUCAUCGACAUGACAGCCGUGCGGGAGCUUAACCUGCUCUCACCCGGUGACUUGCACGCCUGGGUCUGGGUCUACCUCAUCCUUCACAUAUUUUGGGCAAUAAGCUCUCUGUUACUACUAACAAAUGCUCGAAAAAAGUACGUUAAAUACAUCAACAUAUUCCUGUACAUCUGGAUUGCCUUUACGGUGACGAUCAGUAUCCUGGACUUGGCGCUGGGAAUUCAGUUCGCAGUGGAUUAUGAUACUAUAAUUAACGCUCUAUUCUUAAGACAAUACCCAGCUCCGACACCGGCGGAUGAGGUCCUCGUGACAGCAGCGACGGCCUCUGGAAUUAUGUUGGUGAUGGCCUUCCGCGGCUUCAUCAUCUGGAUCAUCAACGUCACACUGGUCGUGUACAUGUUCACUCAAACCUUCACCAUCUACGACUACAAUCAGUUCCGGCGAAAGAGCGGUACGACCAAUGCUGCUUUUGUCGGGGAUAAUGGCGGACAGAGACGAGCGCCGAUCGACGCCUAUGACAUGGGUCCAUCAUCGCAACGCUACAAUCAAGAAGACAUUCGCCGCCCAUAUAAUCCGCCGAUUAACUACCGCCGACCGUUGGAUCGUAUCUCCGAGCAACCGACUGAAACUAUCAUAGAACGCCCAAUACAGCAACAGGCACCGCAAGACUACUCCAACCAACCAAGAACGUACACGCCUCAGCCAAGCACCUCCGUUACUCGAUCAUUUGAACCUCUUGCCAGACAACCAUCCGCCGAACCGGAAGAAAUACGUCCCGAUCCACCGAAACCCAUUCCACCGCCUCCACCACCGAAGAACUUCAACAUGAACACCGUAGUUCGACGAGACGCUGCCGCAGCCAAGGUCGCCCAGGAACUCAACUAUCGCAACAGCUUCAACGUGACAAACGCCAAUCAAGGUCCAGGCAACGGUUUGCGGACAUUCGCACCCGCCCCACCACCUCCAGCCAGCAACGACGCGGAUCUACCGACGCCCAACUAUAGCCCUCCGAUGCCAAGGGUGAACCCUUUCGAAAAUCGACCUCCUUUGAGAUCGGUACUCAGAAAUUCUAGGUACCAGUAAUGCGCAAACCCUAGUCGAUGGCAGCCUAGUGCCGAAUGCAACAAACUCGUUUAUGUAUUUGUAUGUUUAUGUAUUU